AUGUGGUUCAAUGUCGGCAGCAGCUGGGAAACCAGUCUUUCGACCCUCUUUCUUCUCUUCACCCUCGUCCUCAACGUCGCUGCUCAGACGCUGGGAGUCACCCUCGACAAGUCCGCACGCGAUGACGCUGAGAGAUUCGUCUACUCCGCCAAGCUCACGUUUGAGGAAGACACGGGAACGCUAUUCAACGGUGUCCAGCUCUAUGCGCUCGCCCGCCUGGCUUUCGACCAAAUGGCGGCCCAGUUCAAUGCGGACGGGCUUCGCGUGCACACUCAACCCGUCAUGAUGGCCGCCAUGGCCCUCGGCAAAAACGUCUACAUCUCUUCCAACAUCAAAGGUGGGCCUUUCUUGUACACGUACGCGGACGCGCGUCUCAAGCCGCAGGUUCUCAUCGCACUGGAGCGGUGCCAGACCAGCUUGCAGGAUGUUGCGACUGAGGGGACCACUGUUGGUCCCCAGCACCGCACCAAGGCCAGCUGUGCAGAAAUCGCUGCCCUCCACCAGUACUACUUGGAUGACGCCGUGGAUGAGGCUGCGCGCGUCAAUCCUCCCCCCACGCGCGUUGUUGCCUUCGGCAGGGGCGGUGGGACUGGCCCGUUGGGACCCCAGAAUCCGUGCGGUGGUGGCGGUGUGGUGGUCGACGGCGCCAUGACCUGGGGAUGUAAGCAGUUCAUGGCCGAUGAGAAAAUUACUGUGCCGCCCAAACCGAAUAAGAAGGUCGUCCUGGACCUGCCCAACCCUUUCCCCAAGUUCACCACAACGCAAAUCAGUAUCAUGUGCCCCGGGCAUAAGAAGACUACUCCUUGA